AUGAUCCUUGCAACGUUUGUUUCAUCCCUGAAGCGGCAGUCGAACUCAUGGGUUCUUGGUGCUAUCCAGGGAUGUCACAUGUCGACAGCUGCUCAAGCCACACACACAGUUACACCUUACAAACUUCACCGUUUAGACAAUGGACCAAGCACUCAGAUCACCUAUACCAGAGAGGAGGCACUUAAAUACUAUAGGCAGAUGCGUACCAUCCGAGUCAUGGAGACUACAGCCGGCAAUUUGUACAAGGCAAAGAUUAUUAGAGGAUUUUGUCACCUUUAUUCUGGACAGGAAGCUAUUGCUGUUGGUAUGGAAGCUUCUAUCACCCCAGAAGAUUCUAUCAUUACAGCAUACAGAGCUCAUGGUUGGACGUAUGUCAGAGGAGUGUCUGUUCAUAGUGUUUUGGCCGAGUUGACAGGACGCAAGACAGGUUGUGCUCAUGGAAAAGGUGGCUCCAUGCAUAUGUAUGCCAAAAAUUUCUAUGGUGGAAAUGGCAUUGUUGGUGCACAGGUUCCCCUUGGAGCUGGCAUAGCCUUGGCACACAAGUACAAGGGAGAAAACAAUAUAUGCAUUGCACUGUAUGGUGAUGGUGCAGCUAAUCAGGGGCAGAUAUUUGAGGCUUACAACAUGGCCAAGCUGUGGGAUCUGCCUUGCAUCUUUGUGUGUGAGAACAAUGGAUUCGGCAUGGGCACCUCCGCAGAGAGGGCAUCUGCCUGCACAACCUAUUACACUAGAGGGGACUAUGUUCCAGGAAUUUGGGUCGAUGGAAUGGAUGUACUGGCAGUGAAAGAGGCUACACGUUUUGCCAAAGAUUACGUUCUCAAGCAUGGACCAAUCCUCAUUGAAGCUGCCACAUACAGAUAUCAUGGCCAUAGUAUGAGUGACCCUGGUACCAGCUACCGUACACGUGAAGAAAUUCAGGAGGUUCGACAGAAGAGAGAUCCUAUAGGAAAAUUCACUGAUGUGAUUGUAAAUAGUAAUCUUGUUACUAAGGAGGAGAUUAAGAAAAUCGAAGAUGAGAUCAAGAAAGAAGUUGGUGAUGCCGCGGAGCUGUCUAAAUCUGACCCAGAGCUUCCAGCAGAAGCGCUGUACACCCACGUGUACUCAAAUCCACCCCCAGGAUAUAAAAUACGUGGUUGUGAUGACACCAUCUCAGUGUUAGCAAAAUAG